CCCUAAUUCCUCCCGGUUCUUCUGAGUUGCUCCUGAAUAGCGAUUCCGCCUGAGCCCCGACUUUUGAUAAGUAAACAAACAACUACUGAGUAAGAAGCUCAAAACCCUAGCUUAUUCCGAACAUUUUUGCUAUUCCGCUCGGUAGAAAGAUGAGAAGUACAUGGCGAUUGCUCCUCCUCCGUAAUCGUUCUCGAUCUUCCAUUCGUAGUUCGACGAUCGAGUUUAUGGCUACGGGCUUACAGGUAAGGGAGCUAGAUCCUCGAAAACCUUGUUUUUUUUCUUCAUUUGCUGGUCGAUACUCGUAUCCAAGUUGCAUUCCGCUUGGGUUUGAUUCGAUUACGAGGAACCCUGGCAACCGUAGCUUUUCGUCUGAACCCGCUGUGGAACAUAAGGAUCCCGAUCACGACCAUGCCCUUCUUUUGGCCGAUAUUUUCUCCAGGUCAAAUAGUCUUAAUGACAUCAGGGACGAAUUAGAUACGCUGAAACCUUCGCUUAGCUACGAAAUGGCUUUAACAGUUUUAAAGAAUCUUGAUGGGAGCCCAGAGGCUGCUCGGAGGUUUUUCGAUUGGGUUUCGGAGACCCAUAACGAGAAAUUGAGUUCAAAAACGUAUAAUCUGUUUCUGGGGAUCUUGGGUACGAAAGAUCAUGUGAAGGAGUUCUGGGAUUUGGUUGUGAUCAUGAGAAAGAAAGGCUAUGGGGUUUCUAAGGGCACAUUUGUCAAAGUUUCGGAGAAUUUCGAGAAAGAAGAAAUGGCAAGCGAUCUAGAUAAAUUGAAGGGGUUGUUCUUGUCAAAAUCUGGUGACAAUUCCACUGAGAAGAUUUGUUCUAAAGUCUGUGAGAUUAUUAGGCAAGGCGAGUGGAGUGAAGACGUCCAAAAGAGAUUAAAAGAUCUGGAUGUUAGUAUGUCCAGUGAUUUAGUUGCAAUGGUCCUGGAACGCCUCAGCUUGUAUCCAAUUAAAGCAUUGAUGUUCUUCCGGUGGAUUGAGGCCGACCAAUCUUUCAAGAACAACAAGCAGACCUACGAUGCCAUGGCUCAGGUUUUGGGUCGAGAAGACUGCAUUGAGAAGUUUUGGGGCAUUGUUGAGGAAAUGAAAUUGGCUGAAUAUGAAAUGGAGAAGGAAACGUAUUUAAACAUUUUCCAGCGGUUUCACAAGAGGAAGAUGAUGAAGGAAGCUGUGGACUUGUAUGAGUUUGCGAUGCAUGGCAAGGAUAAGCCUCCAAAUCAGGACUUUACUCUUCUUCUAAAAAACAUAGUAACCAUUAAAGACCUAGAUAUGGAUCUAUUUUCUAGGGUCGUGAGGAUAUUUACAGAAGGAGGGAAUGUCUUGAAACGGUCUACCUUUGAUGCUGUACUUAAAUCCUUGAUCAGUGUCGGAAAGUUGGGGGAUUGCAAUAAGAUCUUGAAGGCCUUGGAGAAAGGCGGUCUUGAAGUUAGUAGUGCCUUUUAUAGGGAAAUUAUCUUUCAGCUUAGUAGGGCAAGGAAAUUUGAUGAAGCUCGUGAGAUAUUGAAUGAUAUGGAAUCAUCUAGAUGUAAUCCAGAUUCUAAGAUGUGGGCAUCAUUAAUUCAUGGGCAGUGCGUGGCAGGUGAUGUAGACAAGUCGUAUUCUUGUUUCCUAGAGAUGAUGGAAAAGAAUGGUGUUACAGAUGCUGGCUAUGCUUUUGAGGUAUUGGUUGAUGGCUUUUGUCAGAAGAACAGAGUGGAAGAUGUGAGCAAGUUCCUAGAGGAGUUGGUUAGUGAAAAUAAGUUCCGGCCUCGGCGUACCACAUAUAAAAUCCUGAUAGAGAAGUUACUGGUUAAAGGAAAUCUCAAAGAAGCUUUGAUCCUGUUGAAGUUGAUGAAGAUUAAUGAUUAUCCACCUUUCUUGGAUCCAUUUAUUGACUUCAUCUCAAAAUCUGGGGCAGGGAAAGAUGCUUUGGAUUUUCUAAAAGCAGUUACAUCAAAGAGGUUUCCAUCGACGUCUGUUGUUCUCCUCGUGUUUGAAGCAUUUUUGAAGGCUGGCAGACAAAAUGAAGCACAUGAUUGUCUUUCCGAAUGUCCACGCUAUAUCCGCAAUCAUGCUGAUGUUCUGAGUCUUUUCUGUUCUAUGAAGCCAGGUGCUGUAGCAACUACAGCUGCUGUGACCGCUUAGGCUCCAAGACUUGUAUCUUCUAUUGUAUUUGUGAGAGUGAGAUUGGGCUGCAACAAUUUGAAUCCUUCUGGUAUCUUCUCCUUUUUUUUUUUUUAAUGUGUUCUCAAAAUUUUUAUCCGUAGCUUUAUGAAGUGAUUAAUUCCUGGUCACUAGUGGCUAUAGAGCACUUGGCAAGGUAAUUCUACAUGCAAAGCAGCACCACCUACUUUUUUUCUUUCUUUGGGGUAGAGUUGCGGCACAGACAUUGAUUAUAUUCUUUUGAGUGUUAAGAAAAAGGUUCUGUAUUAGAAA